AUGAAAUUGGAAAGGGAUUUUAGGGAUUGCAAAAAGAAAGUCUCUUCUCCUCUUCUCCUCGGAACACAAUCGGUGCUGCCGGCCUUCUUCCGCUUCUUCCGACAACUCGGCGGCGCGGUCAUCAUCAUCUUUGCUGAUCUUCUUCUGCUCCUCCUAUUCCCUCGCUCUUCUUCUCUGAUGACUGUCCACCGUGAACCACCGCGUGUUUCCGUUCGACCUUCGGCCUCCUCUACUGGAAAACUCCGCUGGCUCUUCAAUGGCGUCGGUGUUCCAAGAAAACCAGAGGUUCAGGAGGUACAACAAGGCAGCGUAUUUGUGGUGGCACAGAACCAUGGACGUCCCGAUGGUAGUUUGGGGCAGCUCAAGCCUUGUUCCGAGAUUCUGAAGGAAGGCACAAUAAGAAUACCGCAAGUGUGCUCCAUGACGCACAUCAAUACCGUAUUCUUGAUGGAGAGUUCCUAUCAAUAUCAUCCCUCGACAUAA